AGUUGCCCUUCUAUGUUUUUUAAAUUCAUCGGUCGUGAGAGCGGUUUGCACUGCAGCCUCCGUCGCUGUAGGUGGCGCUGUAUUAAACACAGCACUGACAUUUUGCAGCAGUGGUGUGUGCGGCAUGCUGAUCUUGGAUGUAGAGUGAAGAUCAUAUUCAGUUCGAAAUCCAUUGCUGGCUGCAAGAUGUUUUUGACCCUGGCGCUUUUUCGGAAAGGGAUCCCAGGAAAGCAGUGGAUCGGGAAACACCGCCGACCACGCAUGGUCACCUGGCAGAUGAAGCGGAAUAUGAUAAAGCGCCUGGAGCAGGAAGCAGAGAAUGAAUACUGGAUCAGCCGGCCAUUCAUGACGCUGGAACAAGAGAGAGGUCACGCGGCACAAAGGCGAGAGUGGAUGUGGAAUCAAAUAAAAGAUGCCAGACAAGCCAAGUUCCCCGAACACAAAUACAUUGCAGACCAACUAAACCACCUGAAAAUCACAAAGACCUGGUCCAGCUAACCAGGGCAUCAAAGACUGGUGGGGCAGUUUGAAGGGGAGCGGAAGACCUCCUUUUCAAGUGAUUUCAUGGGACUUGAUGUGUUUGAUUAUGUUAUACGAGCUUUGUUUAUAAAUGACCUCUGAC